AUGGCUUGUGAAUCAAUCAAGCAGUAUGAUGACUUCAUAGAAACAUAUGAAAAGCUAUAUCACUUGAAAUCUACCGAUAGUUUCGAGGAGAUUAUGAACAAUGUUACAAAUAUUUUGAUUAACAAAUACAAAGUAUCAAUAGAACAAUGCAUUCGAAGAAUUUUACAAGCAAAUAAAUAUAAUUAUCGAGCACAGCCGCUUUAUGGCAAAUUACUCAAUCAAAUCUUCACAACUUAUUCCGUUAAAACUUCAUCCUUAAACAAAAUAUUGCCUGCAGACAAUAUUCAAGAUGUUUUGAAAAACUUGAAUUUAAAGAUUACCACCAAAGGCGAUAAAAUAUGUCAAGUUAAAAACAUAUCAGAGAAAAAGGAUGAAGUUGAGAAUAUGAUCAUGAAUGAUGAUAUCGAGAAGUUCAAAAACUAUGUUUUAAGCAAUUCUGUAGAUAAGAUCACAAUGAAUGUUCCAAUAUUUGAAGGGGUUGACAAAAGUGAUCUUAUUGAAGUUUGUGCUUAUUACGGAGCAGUGAACAUUUUCAAUUUCCUUCAUUCCGACAUGAAUCAAAAGAUAACACCGAUGUGUUACCGUUUGUCAGUUGUCGGAGCAAAUAUUGAUAUUAUAAAUCAAUGCAACAAUGAAACAGAAUUCAAUCUUUCAUGCAUUGGUAUGGCUAUUUCAUCACAUAACAAUAAAUUCAUUGAAUUUGCUUUAAGUAAUAAUUCAUUGAAUUUGCUUUAA